AUGGCCGAGAAACCGAAAGGAAAAAAGAAAAAGAAGAAGAAUGCGGAUGCCACCGUGGACAUGACGUUGACCACGAAGGACGAGAAUGAUGAUGUACGUUUUUUUUGUCGUAGAAACAAAUUUUAUGACAUUUCUUAUUUGUAAAGAAAGUUCUUGCUAUUUUUUGUUUUGUAAAGAAAGUUUUUGCCAUUUUUUGUAUUGUAAAGAAAGUUUUUGCCGUUUUUUGUAUUGUAAAGAAAGUUUUUUCCAUGUGUUGUUUUGUAAAGAAAGUUCUUGCCAUUUCUUUUUUUGUAAAGAAAGUUAUUGCCAUCUUUUCUUUGUAAAGAAAGUUCUUACCAUUACUUGCCUUGUAAACAAAGUUUCUACAAUUUUUUUCUUAAUUAUUAAAAAUACAGUAACCUUGUUUUAGGCACCACCAGAAAAUGCACUUGCUGUCAGCACCAAAACGUACAAAGAUACUUCUACAUAUCAACCGUUGCCAACUGACAACAACAAUGGUAUAUCACCGGUGAAGACUCCGGAGAAAAAAGAAGAAAAGCCGAAGGAUGAGAAGAAAGAUGGCAAAAAAGAUGAAAAGAAAGGCCCGAAGAAGAAGGUGGAUCUCAAGGAAAUCCUGAAAGAAGCUACUGAACCCCCGAAGAAACGAACUCACACUAUCACUAUCGAUUACGAGGCUGGACAGCCGGUAGGGAUUUGAAUUUUGAUUGUUAGCAUUAGGGUAGCUUGAGGUAAGGUUAGGGUAGAUAGAGUAAGGCAAGGUAGGGUUAGGGUAAGAGAAUUGUAACUCCAGAGGAAGGCAAUAUAGGGUUAGAGUAACGCUGGAGUAAGUCAAGGUAGGGUUAGGGUAGAACUAGAGUAGGGCAAGAUAAAGUUAAGGUAAGGCAAAGUAAAGCUGGUAAAUGAGCAGGUUAUGUUCACUGUAGACUUGGAGAUGUCUAAGCUUUGACGAUGAUAGGUAUGACCAGUGUUUUGCCCGGACCGGUCCGGAGCGUUUUUCACCGGUCCGGUCCGGCGAUUUUCGGGUCCGGUCCGGUCCAAACUUCAAAUUUUUGGGUCCGGUCCGGUCCGCAAAAAAAAUUUUUUUUAAAAAAAAAGCAAGGAACGCUAAAACUGCUUUCUCUACGUUUAAAAACUCUUAAAAAUACGUUUUCUUUGCAAUUUUUAAAGCAGUUUUAUUAAAAUAAAAAAAAUUUUUUCUUCCGGACCGGGUCCGCAGGAUUUUGGGUUCGGUCCGGUCCGCAAAAAAUGUUGUUUCGGUCCGUCCGGACCGGACCCGUCCGCGGACCGGUCCGGCAAAACACUGGGUAUGACGUUUAGUUAUAGUAGUCUACGGUAAUUUAUGAUGAGAUAGGGCAAGGCAGGGGUAACAGGGGCAGAGUAGAAUAGAUUAAGACAUAAUAGGGCAGAUAGGUUAGGGUAGGGUAGGGUAGGGUAGGGUAGGGUAGGGUAGGGUAGGGUAGGGUAGGGUAGGGUAGGGUAGGGUAGGGUAGGGUAGGGUAGGGUAGGGUAGGGUAGGGUAGGGUAGGGUAGGGUAGGGUAGGGUAGGGUAGGGUAGGGUAGGAUAGGGUAGGGUAGGACAGGAUAGGGUAGAGCGCUUUUUUAUUUUAUAGACAGUAAUUUUAGUUAGGAGUGGAAAUGUCGAAUGGGCUAGGCGUUAUGGAUGUUGACAUGAGGCCAGGUGUGUCACCGCUUUGGGACAAAAUCAAGGUUCAUGACGUGAUCAAGCAAGUCAACAAAACUAAGGUAUUAUAUUGUAGUUUAUUUUAAAAUUAAAAUUUUUUUUUAUUUUUUAAAAUUAUUUUAAUAUUAUGUAUUUUAGGUAACAAGUAAAAUUCAACUCACCAAAUUGUUAAGCCGCACUUCCUCGCCCGUAUCACUGACGAUAGAACGCUUCACCAGAAUCACGCUGUUAACGCCCACGCGAAAAGCAUAUCACGAAACGGACAGAUUAUAUCCUGUAGGUUUUUGUACUAGUACUGUAUAGCACUAGUAGAAUAUGGAUAGUAUUUAUCAUUUUUUGUACUAUAUAGCACCAAAACAUGAAAACUUCUAACUUUGGGGUUGCAUAGUACUGUGCAACGAAUUUCCUUUAUUCUAAUACUAUGUAGCACGGUAUUAUAACUUUUAAUAUUCCUAGUACUAUAUAGUACAAUACUACAAGUUAAAUCAUUAAUACUACUAAUAGCAGUAAAAAGUCACGCUAAACGACUGCUUGGUACAAAAAAUUGUGUAUCGUGCUAUAUAGUACGAAAAAAAAAUUGAAUUAAAAAACUGAAAAAUUUUAAAUUUUUAAAAAUUUUAGAAAGAUUCAUGUUUGACAGCUUUCAUAUUACAUCGGAAGAACGCCAAACUGGGUUUCGCCGUAAAAAAGGUGGAUAAUCUGCUGGUAGUGGGCAGUAUUCAGGACUAUUCGUUGGGUAUGUCAAUAUUUUUGGUCAAUUUUUACUUUUUCUAUAAUGAAGACAGUCUUGUAUGACAUUUUUUAUCAACCGGUCAGUAUAUAAUGACAGGUUUUCAGGUUUUCCCCGUUUUUUUUAAUCGAUCAGUCAAAAAAAAAUUUUUCGACCAGUCGAUUUCCAAAAAAUUUUUGUUGACCGGUCAAUAUAUAAUGGCUAUUGUUAUGAUUUUUGUGAUGUUUUUUUUUCAAACAACCAAAAAACAAUUUUCGACCGGUCGAUAUCAAAAACACCUUUUCAGCCAGCGGCGUUUUAGAAAAGGGCGAUAUUAUCCUUGACAUUUGCGGGAUAAUAUGCGAUACUCCGGAAAAUGCGCGAGAAUGCCUGGUUGGAGCCAUAAAGCAUUAUAAGAUGGUGUCGUUGGCCAUUGUUCGCCCAAUGUGCCCCGAGACCAUUGAGAGGUUGAGCAAGCUCUUGCGGGACAACGACGAUGACAAGAUGAAGAUGGACGCCGUACUGAUCGGACGAACUGAAGCCUUGAAACGACGAAUGUUCUUCGUCAUGAAUCCGGAAAAGAAAAUAUUGGUCAAGGUGGGUAUCGUACUGUACAGUACUAGCCUUUUCUACACUUGAACUCUCCUUUCAAUUUUCUCUCAGGCCGGCCCGGCCCGGUCAGGAAAUUUCUAGGCCCGGCCCGGCCCGUUUUAAAAAAUUUUAAAACUUAAAAAAUAAACGGAAAAUUUGGCUUUGAAUUGUUCCUUUAGAUCAUUUAUGUAUCAUGGUACCCAAUAAAAUCAAAAAACAUCAACGGGGAUUAAAAUUAAAAAUUUUUAAAAAUUAAAAAUUUUUUUUUCGGGCCCGGGCCUAACCUUUGGGCCCGGCCCGUUUCAAUUUUAGCUCAAGGCCGGCCCGUUUCUCACCCCUACCCUACCCUACUCUACCCUACCCUAGGCCCUACCGUACCGUAAGCUCUACCGUACCCUAUCCUACCCUGCCAUACCAUGCCCUACCCAAAAUAUCAUCCCACUUACAAUAUUUUUCUGUUAAAAAUUACCUAUAUUUCUUUCAUGCAAAAUUUAACCCCGCCCACAACUUUUUGCCUAAAAUGACGCCAUUCCCCUUUUCUCUGCCCCACCAGAUCAGCCAUUCCAUUUUUACCCCUCCCAAAAACCUCAUUUAUUAACCAUUCCAUGUUUUACCCCGCCCCGAAGCCUAAUUUUUUUUCGAAUUUCAGCGUCGCAUAGGCAAGAAAAAGACCACCUCGUUUCAUCCGCAGAUCGACAAAGAAGUGGACGUGCAGACGGAUGUGGAAGAGCACGAGCUCAAGGAUUUGCAGUCCGUACCCGACCGCUACGAGGACGAAGCGACUGUGACGGACAGCAAAAUAAAGAAGGGCCUCAAGUUUCUCACUGAUAAAUUCAUGUUCUAA